CGUAUUUGGAUUUAAUGGAUGGGGAGACUUCCUUAAGCUUAUCCGGGUUUCAACCACCUAGAACCAAGUUGAACCCUGUCCUUGCCAGCUGAAAAGCGAAGGCCUUCCCGAUUCCAUCAGUAGGACCGGUGAUUAAAGCCAUGACCCGUAUUUCUUGAGGUUUUUCCCGGGUCGGUACUCUGAUCAGCAUCUAAAACUUCAAUUCCACAUGCAACUUUUCCCCUUGGCCAACAACCAGAUUUUCCUCUUGAUGAUUUUUCAAAAAGUCUCUUCGUUUCCUGGACACUAGCACCUCAGCUUCUCUCAGUUACAUCAUAGAAUAUGAAACUUAAAAACUCAGCCCCCUGCCUCCAGCAUUCUGAUGCCCCCGUGCCCUGCCUUGCUUACCGAGUCAGCUCCUCCGUUGAAGUAAAUACUCUUAACUAGUGGUUACGAGUUUCAUGCUUUCUUGGACCUUUUUCAUAUAGAUGAAAUCGCUUAAAGAGGGGCUGAAAUUCCAGGCUCACGCCGUAAAAUCUGGUUCUGUUCCAACAGUUGUCGCCACCAAUCAUCUCAUUAGUUUGUACUCCAAGCAUGGACUUAUCCAAGAAGCUCAUAAAUUGUUCAAUGGAAUGCCUGAGCGGAAUGUCUUCUCCUGGAACACCAUUAUAAACGCUUGUAUGAAGUCACGGAGUUUCACUGAAGCAAAAAGCCUUUUUUAUUCUUCUCCCUGUAGAGAUACUGUCACAUAUAAUUCAAUGAUAUCUGGAUAUGCUCGCUCUGAUGGUUAUGAAAGUGAGGCUAUUGAAUUAUUUAUUCAAAUGCAAUUUGAUAAUGGUGUAUCUAGGAUCGACGAGUUUACGCUGACAACAAUGCUUAAUCUGGUGGCAAAGUUAAGGGUUUUGUGUUAUGGGAAGCAGGUACAUUCAUUUAUGGUAAAAAGUGGAAAUGAUUUGAGUGCUUUUGCACUGAGUUCUUUGAUCGACAUGUAUUCCAAAUGCGGGAGUUUUUGGGAUGCUUGCAGGGUUGUUAAUGGAUGUGGUGGUGAAGACUUGGCGGAUUUGGUCGUGAAAAAUGCUUUGAUUGCUGCUUGUUGUAGGGAAGGCGAGUUGGAAAUGGCGCAGGAGAUACUUUUGAGUAAUCAAGAGUUGAUUGAUGAAGUGUCUUUGAAUACAAUGAUCUCGGGGUAUGUUCAGAAUGGGUUCGAGGAGGAAGCAGUUCAACUCUUCAAGCACAUGGCAGAGGAGGGAUUUCGGUGGAAUGAACACACAUUUGGUAGUUUGUUGACAGCCUGUGCUGCUUUAAGGAGUUUGAAGCUGGGAAAGGAAGUUCAUGCAUGGGUUCUGAAAGAAGGAAUGUGUUUGAAUCCAUUUAUAAGUAGUGGCAUUGUUGAUGUUUAUUGCAAGUGUGGUAAUAUGAGGUAUGCUGAUAGAGUUCAUGAGACAGUUGCAGCGGGGAAUGUGUUCUCUAUUACUUCACUGGUUGUGGGAUAUUCGGCAAAAGGUGACAUGUCAGAAGCCAGAAGGCUUUUUGAUUCAUCACCUGAAAAAAAUUUUGUAAUGUGGACUGCCCUUAUCUCUGGUUAUGUGAAAUUGCAGCUAUGUGAGGAUGCUUUUGUUCUUUUCCGUGAGUAUGCAGCACAAGAGGCAACAGUUCCAGAUUCUGUGAUCCUUGUCAGUCUGCUUGGUGCAUGUUCUAUCCAAACCAGCGUGAAUCCUGGGAAACAAAUUCACGCAUACAUAUUGAGAACAGGGAUUACAAUGAAUGAGAAAGCAAAUAGUGCUUUAAUAGACAUGUAUUCAAAAUGUGGUUUUAUACUAUAUGCACAGAGACUGUUUCGAAGAGUUAGCAAAAGGGACACUAUUAUCUACAAUGUUAUGAUUGCUGCUUGUGCUCACCACGGAUAUGAAGAUGAAGCUAUCCAUCUUUUUGAGGAAAUGAUAGGGCAAGGCCUUCAGCCUGAUGGUGUCACUUUUAUUGCAAUUCUGUCAGCCUGCCGCCACGGUGGAUUAGUUGAAGCAGGUGAAAAUUAUUUCUUGUCAAUGACCAAAGAUUAUGCAAUCCCACCUGAAAUUGAUCACUAUGCUUGUAUGGUUGACUUGUACGGAAGGUCAAACCAACUAGAAAAGGCUGUAGCCUUCAUGGAAAAGAUGCCUGUCGAACCAGAUUCUAUUAUACUAAGUGCAUUUUUGAAUGCUUGCAGAGCAAACAGAAAUCUAGAACUCGCAAGAAUGGCAGAGAACAAGCUAUUGGAACUUGAGGGUGAUAAUGGAGGAAGGUAUUUCCAGUUAGCGAGUGUCUAUGCAUUGGGAGGCAAGUGGGAUGAAAUGGGGCGGGUGAUGAGGACAAUGAGAGGGAAGGAAGUCAAGAAACUGGCUGGUUGCAGUUGGAUACAGGUCGGCAGUGGAGUUCAUAUUUUUACUUCGGGUGCUAGAUCACACCCUGAAGUAGAGGCCAUAUACUGUACUCUCGAGCUCUUGAGCGAUGAACUCUAUGGUAAAGCUAGUUUGGAUGAAAAUGGUCCAUUACUGAUCUAAUGCUCAUAUUCUGCCAUUGCUCUUCCUGGAUUCUUUAUGACCUGAUGAUUUUAUUCAGGUGCACGAAGAAUAGUAGUGGUAGUUAACACUAAGGCAGAAGGUAUGCCAUACAUAUAUGGUAUAGAUUGAUAUAAUUUACUGAAUUAUUUAUUGGGUUACUUAUUCUUGCUUGAGGAAUGUUAUAGAUUUUGAUUCUUCAGGAUCCUGAAAACAUCUGCUGAUUAAUGCUAAUAUUUUGAAAAUGUUAUGAUAAUUAAAAAUCACGGGAAAACUACAUCUGAAGGUGAGAGCAUCAACAAGUAACCCCUCAAUUUUUGAGUAUGAGAUCUCCUUUUGGACCCAGCCCAAAGUGAGAAAGGCAAUGACUGGACUGAGUCAAAUCGAUUUACUAGCCAUUGUGGGCCACGUUCAUGGGCCUUUCACUUAGUGGGCCAAGAUCUUAACCCUACUUUAAUGGGCUAGGUCAACGGACCAGCCUGUGAAAAUGCCAGAUGGUAGCAAUACGUAUUAG